GUUCGAAGUGACCUCCGGCGAGAUGUCGUCGCUGUCUGUGACGAUGUCCAAGAGGCCGAACCCUCAAACGAACCGUUCGGCCUACGUCAGCCCCGGUCAUCUCAUCGAGGAGGAAGCGUUCCACAUUGGCAAGGUGGACUACGAGAUUUACCGCGACUACGUGAAACGCUUCGGACCCGUCAUGUUCCUACUGGUCCUAGUGAGCUACGGUGCUUGCCGGGCGUUUGACGUUCUUUCGUCGGUAUGGAUCAGCAGCUGGAGUGAGGAGGUCCUCCAGGCAGGUGGAAACGCGUGGCAUUCGGACAGCGGUUGGAGGUUGUCCGUUUACGGACUGCUGGGAAUGUGCCAGGGUUUAUCCAUCCUCCUGGGUACUUUAGUCCUGGCCCUGUGCGCUCUCAUAGCGUCGAGCAGCAUUCACGACGAGGCCCUGAGUCGCCUGGUCCGAGCGCCCAUGUCUUUCUUCGACACCACACCGCUGGGGCGCAUGCUGAACAGGUUCAGCAAGGAUUUGGACCAAGCCGAUAUUCAGAUAGGCAUCGUCCUGGACUCUGUCUUGGAACAACUGAGCGACGUGCUGGGCAUCCUGCUGCUGAUCACGUUGUACAUUCCGGCCUUCUUGCCAGCCGUCGCACCAUGUGCGAUUGUUUACUUUAUUGUACAGAAGCUGUUCGUGCGCACCUUCCGGCAGCUGCAGCGGCUCGAGUCCGUCUCUCGGUCGCCGGUGUUCAACUGCAUCGCCGAGACGGUGCCCGGCGUGCAGACCAUCCGGGCGUACGCCGUGCAGCGCGGCUUCGUGGCGCUGUCGGACUCCUUGCUCGAGCGCUGGAUCUCCUGCGCCUUCCACCUGAUGGGCGCCGAGAGGUGGCUCACGGUGCGCCUCAACUUCCUCGGCACCGCCGUGUCGCUCGUCACGGCCUGCCUGUUGGUCCAUGGACGGGACACCUUCGGGCCGGCGACCAUCGGGCUAACCCUUCUCUACGCGCUCAAGGCACCGUGGCGUGUGACCCCACCACCGAGUCCCGACUGGCCGCAGCAGGGUGCCGUCCAAUUUGUGAAUUUUAGCACUCGCUACCGGUCGGACCUGGAUCUUGUGCUGCGCAAGAUCAACCUCAAACUGCGACCUUCGGAAAAGGUUGGCGUUGUAGGCCGUACGGGUUCGGGCAAGUCGUCCUUGACGCUGUCCAUGUUCCGCAUCCUGGAACCGGCCGAAGGCGACAUCAUCAUCGACGGCGUCACCAUAUCGCGCAUCGGGCUGCACGACCUGCGUUCGAAGAUUACGAUCAUCCCACAGGAGCCGGUCUUGUUUUGCGGGUCGCUUCGCCUUAACCUGGACCCAAAGAACGAGCGCACGGACGAGCAGGUGUGGGCAGCUCUGGAGAAGGCUCACCUCAAGGGCUUCUUCCAGAGCAAGGCCCAGAAGCUGGACUUCUUGGUCGAAGAGGACGGCCAGAACCUCAGCAUCGGUCAACACCAGCUUAUCUGCUUGGCCCGCGCACUGCUUCGUAACACCAAGCUGCUGGUGCUGGACGAGGCCACGGCGUCGGUGGACCCGGAUACGGACGUCCUCGUCCAACAGACCAUCCGCCGUGACUUUGCCAACUGCACCGUCCUCACAGUAGCACAUCGGCUACAGACAAUCUUAGAUGCUGACAGGAUUGUCGUGAUGAGCUCCGGCGAGAUCCAAGAGGUCGGUGCACCCGGUGACCUCUUGAGGAAUCGCAAGUCGGCAUUCUUCGCCAUGGCCCGCGAAGCCGGCUUGGGCAGCGAAGAGAGGAGCUCUGGCUUCGAGCGCAAGUCGUCCAAGCAUUCUUCAUCCGGGCACUAA